UGAAAAGAGCACCAUCUAUCUUUAAAAUAUGAAAGAACUCAUGAUAUUUCAAUCGAGUUUCAUAAAACUCUUACAAAAUCUCUGUUUAACCGUUUUCCACUACUAAUUUUUCAUAUUGCCCCAGUAAUAGCAAAAAAAAUGUCCUAUUGGGUAACCGCACGCAUGUCAUUGUUUAUUUAAUUAAACACAGUUGACAGUUGAGGUGUCAAGCGUGACGUGAAUCACUGUCACAGGCAGGGUGAAGUGUAGGAAAUGUGUUGUUAUUGUGCUGCAAGUAGCAAUUGCAGUAAAUACACAAGUUUUCUAAUCGAAAAUGAAAGUUUUUCUUCACCUUCUUUUGUUUUUACUAGUAGUUAGCGGAAUGAACAUACAUAUAUUUUCAUUAGUUACAAGCAGUCAUUUGUCAUUUCUUAAUACUUUUAUGGCUUGCAGUUUCAACAAAGUCGCUAAGAAGCUACGCAAUUGUCAUUUAUUUCUCUUCUUACUUAUUGUUUAAUAGGUGUCAGUCAAGCGACUUGAUGAGAUUAAGCAGUUGCAGUGUUGGUUGGUUAGGAAAAUUUCCUGAUUGUGAAACUAAUAAACGAAUCGUUAUUAUAUUUUUUCAGUUUUGAUGUUAGUUAGUUACUAUGUGUUAGAGCUUAUUGUAAACAUAUGUAUGGGUCUAACUCUGAUGCGUUAUAAUUUCUAUCAAAGUCCAUAAACUAUGAAUAUGCUGGCCAAUGUUUCCAUAUUCCGAAGAGAACUCUUAUUAAAGCUUAAUCCGACUAAGAUUUUAAUCCAUAUAGUCCAACUGUUUUAAGUUGCUUGUGAAAUCGGAACCGUUCUACAAAGAUAUUAGUUAUAUCAUCCGUCCAAAAGUUUAAUAUGGUUUCUAAAAAUACCUCGUCACCAUAGUCACUUGUCAAUAGUAGAUAACACUUGUGUCAGCUGUUAACUUUCCUCUCAAUAAAUUCUUUGUUUAGUAAAACAGGCAAAUUCUUUUAUAUGCAUUUUAAAGAGUCAGAGUAGGUAAGUGGCAUGAUUCAAAGAAAUAACUGAGGAAAACAGUUAAACAGUUGUCUGUGACACAAACCUUUAUAUGAGGUGGUUAGACAGUUCAGAAAUUCCAGAGUGUAAAGAAUUCAAACUUUACGUUUUUUUUUGCUUGGCAUUUGUCUGGUAUUUUUAAAAACAUAUGUAUUCGUAUAUAGUAUAUAUUACUACAAACAGAUGCAUACGAUGACUUUAGUUCCGAUAUACUUUGAGACCAUCUGAUAACUUUUUUAUAGUCCGAAUUCUUCGGAACAUUCUUAUGAUGUCUUAGUGGACUUCUACCACAAUUUCAGUCUUUUUCUUUCUUAUUCUGUUAUCAUCAUUAAUAUCGGCCCUUCGCGAAUCGAAACAAUCUUACAGAUUUAAAUCACGAGGUCACUUAACCUAAUCUAUACGGCCUGUAACAGUUGUGACGCAACGAACCCUGAUUCUAUUAAAGUUCAUUUUCAUAUUUCUCUGACUACAUGAGGUCACCAAUGACGGAUAUCAUGUUUCCCGAAGCAUGCUAUCCAUGUUAAAACGAUUAUGAAGAGGAUAGUAAUUUGACUGCAAUUGUUGAGUCGAUUUUACGAGACUCAGAAGAUAGUUCUCGGCUAAGAUUUGUUCCAGACAAUGUUGAGCAGAAAUGAGUAAGGCAUAAUAUUUUGCUAUGAAUCACAAAAGAAGAAAAUCAAAUGAAUAACGGAAAUAUAUAUACAUAUAUUCAGAAUAUAUCUGUAAUAUAUUUUUUAUUAAAGCAUCCCCCGCAAACUCUACAUUAUCUACUCCCAACAACCAUUCAAACUUGAACUCCAUCAUACUUGAAACAUGUUCGAGCGAACAUGUUGACAACAGUUUCCAACAAACAGCUUGCAACAAAAAAUGUUCAUUAGCAACACAGCUUUAGACCCAAAGCUGCUGGUAAUCACAAACUCGGCUCAAAGCAGCGAACAGUUUAAGCCGAAACUUUGACGAGUUAACAACGAUGAGCGGUUGAAAAAGUGUUCGUUAAUAUUGAAACUAAAAAAAUGUUGUAUACCAACAAUAACAACAACAAUGAUAUGCAGAAACGAAAGCAAAUAAAUUGUAAACUAUAUAAGUGAUGAAUGCGCUUGCGCCAACGACAAUGCCAACGGGCAAUAGUGGCUACUCAGUGUUCGAAGAGAAAUAAUAAUAAUAAAAGGAAAUAAAUCAAUCACAGCAAAACAAAACGAAAAAAGUGAAAUAAAUUAUUUGUGGUGGAUAUUGUUGUUUAAUGAAGUCUGGUUUUUAUUAUUAAUACGCUUUAAGUCGAACCAAAUUUCCAACCGACUCAUUGAAUUUUAUAUAAUUGUGCAAAUAAUAAUAUAAUAAAAUAACCGUAUUAUUUGUUUAUUGUGUGCAAAGUGAUAAACAAAAAUUUUACGUGUACGAUAAUAAAUCAGCCAGCCAAUACGAAAACGAAAUCGAUAAAAAUCAAAAAUAAAAAAUACAAAAUCGAAAUAGUGUGCCAAGUGUGUUUAUAUGCGGCGCCGCGCAGGCGCACACCAAAGUGCAAAGUGUAAUUGCUAUGCGAUGAAAUCAAUUUUUAAUUGCAAAAUUGUAGUGCAACAAGAAAAAGUGAAUAUGUAAAUCUCAUUUCUGUGUAUUUGAGAAAUAUAAAAGUGCAAAAAAACUAGUGCAAAGCAAUCGCAAUGCCACACAAUAAAUUGCAACGCAAGCCGUCCAGCGAGACGCUCGCCAGCAUGGCAUUGGACAGCACGCUGGACUCGCGCAUGUCUAGCGCUGAAAUACCACAAAUGGAAUUGCUGCAGGUGAACUAUGUGCAACAGUGCAAGGAAGUGCGCAUGCCGCGGCCAACUGCAACAACGGCGGCGCAACAAAAACGCCACUCGCUUAUGGCUGUGGGCGGCAAAUAUUCGGCCUACAAGGACGCAGUCAACAGUAGUCACAGUCAGUUUGCUGGCGCUAAAGCAAAUAUAAGUAAUCAAAGUAAAGUUAAUGUCGGCGCAGCACAACAACGCCCCGCAGCACCGAAGUGUAAUAUGCCACAACGCGCAAAGCAACCGCUGCCGCCACCCACAAUUGAGUCGUGGAAGUUUUUGCAACAUCAAUUGCCGCAAGUUAAAACUCAACAUACGCAACAACAAAAGUCGCCGUGCACUACCACACCCCCCAAAUUACAGGCGCAGCAAGCGCCCACACAUGCCACAAGCGCCAACAACGCGGCGCCACACUCUGACGAUGAUCAAGAUUAUGUUGAUGUACACUCGUGUUGCAACUCCUCCUGCGAAUCUGCGACACACUCUUCCGCUUCCUCGGAUGACGAUGUGGAUGAUGGCACCUCCACGAUAUAUCCCGAUUGCGAGAAAUCACACAGUUGGAAUUAUCGUGCGCGCAUCUCGACUUGUGAUAUACGACGCGAUAUUGCGCGCGCUGGCAUUAAGUCGCGCGCCGAUCGUAUAGCGCGUAUUGAACAAACCGAUUGUUGCGAUCAUCAGCAGCAACAACAGCAAAGCGCAGUGGUUGAUGCAGUUGUUGCUGAUAAGCGUGCUUCAGCACCGUCUGCCUCACAACAGUGUGGCAGCAAGCAAAUUCCGGCAGCAGUAACACAAAUUAAUCGCCUCUUCGAGCAAGCUAAACGACCGGAACAACGGCGUUCAACAAAACUGCAUCGCGCACCAGCACCGCCGCAAGCGAGUAAUGUUUUGCCUGCACAAACCGCAGUGACAACGCAACCAUUACGUGCCGCGCCAACCCCCAAAAAAGAACCGAAUAUGCGCAUGCGCACACGUGAAAUGUUACCGAGCAUUGAAGAGCGUGUGAAACGUUUGAGUAACUCAAGCGCGCCUGGUGACUGCUAUGAUUGUGUUUUGGAAAGUAAUGCCAACGCGUGUGAAGAGCAAAAUGUGCGCGUUAACGCUGAUGUACUGCGCUGCUUGCCGCGCACGUCACCUGAACAACGGCAGCAAGUGUCGCGCAUACCGAAACCCAUAAGUGAAGCGCAACAGCAACAACAACCACCGCAAAGACACUCCACCAGCUCCGCGCAGCUCUACAAUGAAGCUAAUGAGCAAUUACAACGGCGCAUAAGACAAAUGUUCGAUCAUGAGCAGGAGCGUGCACACCAGCUGCAGCGACAGGUUAACGAUGAAUUUCGCAUGCAGUGCGCGGGUGAGAAAAUGAAACUACGCGCCACCAAAUCGACCGCUUUUGAAACGGCAGAUAAACCUGAGCGUGGUAGCACCGAUAAGUCAGACAGCUGCGAUGAGCUCGAUAAGCAUUUAUCAAAGCAGACACGCCAGCAUGCUGUUACCAAUUUUCAAAAGCUCAAAAUGGAGCGCGUGCAUAUACGUAAAAAACGCCAGCCGUUGCUGAUAAUCAAUCAACUCAAUGAGUCAAAGCCCGAUAAUAAUGUUAGAACAGUGGAAGAGGGAGCUCCGGAAGUGAAAGAGCCGAUAUGCAACGCGUUGCACAAGCCAUCGAAAGAGGCACCAGCGAAGUCUACACACGACGCCAGUCGACGCACAUGCGGCUACAAGAACUGCACCUUCACCAACUGCCCAAUGUCGGCGACGAGUAACACCGGUGGCAGCAGUAGCAGCGCAAGCACACCACAUCAAUCCGAUGAGGAAUUGAAUACGAACAAGCGUCUAUCACUCGAGAGCUGCUGCUCUGACUCGGGGGUUUCAUCCUCCACCGAUAUGAAGGAGCGCAAGACUAAGGAGAACAACAUGAAGAAUAUUGAGAAAUGUGCCGAUUGUGUGAAGAUAAUGCUACACCAAACAAGCACUGACACGAGCGCCGUAAUGCAGCACAAGCUGAAGCUCUCCACCACUGCGCCAGCGCCAAAGCUGAAGGAGUUGGAUGGUGAAUUGCAGAAGGAGGGGCAAAUAAAGAUACGUGUCGGCAAGGCGCCCGUGGGCGAUCCGAAUGAUUUGCAGAAUUUCGCAAAAAAGAAUCUCACGAAGGCCACUACGGAUGAACUGCUGACUGCGGCAGUGGCGAAAAACAACAUGAGCAACAAAGUAGGCGCUGUUGAUAAGUUGUCUAACCGGACUGUGGCCGUAAGCGCCAGCAGCAAUGCCACCAACCACACCAAACAGUGCAACAUCGAAAAUGACCUCAAAAACAACGAGCAGCGCAUUUACAAUAACACCAGUUGUUGCAACAACAGUCACAAUAACAACAACAGUUGUGCUGGCAACAAAAUCAACGGUAGUGAACGCAAACCGUUAUGUGCCACAACAAUAAAAAUCGUCGAUGAUAAUUGGCUGCAAGAUCAACAAAAUGUCGUUGACGCGGGCUCGUUGUUGAUGCCACCAGCGCCACCUCUGCGCGUUUCCUCCAAAGUGGCGAGUGCGCGUCAACAUUACGCAAGUAACAACAACAAACAUAGUCACAGCAAUGACCAAGAUAAACAUAGCGUUAAGAUUUUCGUACGCAGCUCAACAAGCAGUGGUGGCGUGGGCGUCAAUCCAUCGCGCGCCUCAUCUGUCUCCAUGUGCUCAUACACUUCGCAGACCUCGGGCUGCUCGACAAAUUCCGAGGCGUCAGCGCUCACUAACGCCAGCAAAGCGUCGACCUCGGGCAGCUCCUACACAACGAUUUCGAGUAGCGCUUCGAGUAUUGAAGGAAAAUGCAAUUGUCGACGAGUGAACCGCAGCAACAACGCUGGCGCACCGAAAGAGGUAGAUGAAAGCACAGUUGAAUCCGAGGACACCGACUACUAUUGCAGUUUGGAACACAUGAGCAAAGCGGGUGUCUUCUAUAAUCACAUUUCGGGCGAUGCUAAAAGCAGUCUUGCAACGCAGAGCGAUACAUUGCGCGCAUGCGCCGCCUCACCAACACCUUCGAUGGGCACCUUCAGUGAGGUUAGCUGCGUGGCAUGUGGCGAUGAGCGCGAGCAGCAAGCGCAGAGUCGUCAAAGCAUUGGCAGCACUGGUCCGAUUGACGGCAUCUUUUGGAAUAACUCAUACUUCCAGCAAGACGCUGAUUUAACAUUGGAAAGCGCUGGCAAAGCGGCACAUAAAAAGCCCGCCAUGCCAACAACACUUGAACACAGCGAACCGAGUAGCGAUGACAAUGAGCACUGCUAUUGCAGUCUAACAAGCUGCGAUGAUGACAAUUGUUCUUACUACGAGUGCGGUGGCGAUGCGCAGACAGACGAUGAUCAUUGCAUAUCGCGCAUCGAAGUGCACGCCAGCGUACAUACGCCGAGUGGCGGCGGCAGUGAAAGUAAUAAUGAUGACUAUAAAGCGGCAGCGGGCAAUAAAAGUAAAAUCAGUGUGGACUCUAAUGCUGUGUGUAGUUGUGACGCGCGGCAUUGCUGUGUUGAAAACACAAGCGCUAAAGAUAAAUAUGCGCUCGAGGUGGAGCGACAGCGGGUGCGCGAGCGUGAGCGCUGUGCCGCCCGCCAACAGCAACAGCAGGAGCAGCAGUGGCUGCGGCAACGCAUGCGCGAACGCGAGCGCCAAAUGCACUUCAUACGAAACAGUAGCGCUGAGGAGAUUUUAAUACGCAAUAAAAAGUUAUUGAAAAAGGCUGAUUUAAUACAUGAAUUUCGACCAAGAUCGAUGGAUGGUGUCAUCGACUCAUCUUCGGGAUCAUUAAAUGGUGAUAACAACGGUUCAAGUCCAGAUAGCGCGAGUCAUUUACAAAAUCAGCAGGAUGCCGAAGCGCGACGCAUACAUCGGGGCCAUGUACUCACCGAACUAUUAGAAACAGAACGGAUUUAUGUAAAUGAAAUGGCCUCUAUUCUAAAGGGCUAUCGUGAUCAAAUGCUAUCUGAAGAAAUGAUGCAUCUUGUACCCGCCAGCCUGCAAGGCAAAGAGGAUAUAUUGUUCGGCAAUUUACACGAAUUGUAUACGUUUCAUAAUGAGAUCUUCCUGAAGGAUCUGGAAAAUUGUAUAUCUACAACGGAGUUGGUGGCGCUGUGUUUCGUUCAGAGGCGCGACACCUUCUAUCGUUUGUACUCUUUCUACUGCCAAAAUAUACCGCGCUCCGAUAGAUUGCGUGAAACGCUAGUCGAUACACAUCUCUUCCUGCAGGAAUGUCAAAAGCGUUUGGGACACAAACUACCAUUGGGCGCGUAUCUGCUGAAGCCCGUACAGCGUAUUACCAAGUACAAAUUACUGCUCGAGAAUUUGCUCAGCUCCAGCGAUAGCGGUAGCUGUACCAAAGAAUUGCAAAAAGCUUUAGAUUGUAUGUUGAUUGUGUUGCGUUGUGUGAACGACUCAAUGCAUCAAGUGGCUAUAACGGGAUUUCCGAGCAAUCUUUCGCAACAAGGCGAACUGCUGCUACAGGAUCCCUUCCAAGUGUGGACCGAGUCGAAAAAGGAUUUGCGAUUACGCAAGAAACCACAACAACGACACAUAUUCCUCUACCAAAAAUCGAUGAUUUUCUGCAAGAAGACCUCAAAGCCUGGACACAAUAAGAGCACUUAUCAGUUCAAGCAUCAAUUAAAGAUGUCACAAAUUGGUCUCACCGAAUCGGUGCGCGGCGACUCAACUCGCUUCGAAGUCUGGCUACAGGGACGCCAAGAAGUGCACACGAUACAGGCGCCAAGCGAGGAAGUGAAAAAUAAAUGGGUCACAGAAAUCAAACGUCUGCUACUCAAUCAGCUGGAAGAGCUGAAGGGUGAAAAAAUCAAACAGUACAGCAUGAAUCAUCAUGGUCUCAGACAGACCACAUCAUGGGACACGCCCAACAUACUGCUAGGCAUGCCACAGCGCGCCGUGAGCUGUGAUGCCUCUUCAGAAUCUUCGAAUCGCAAUUCUAACUGCAGCAGCAGCGGUGAUGAUGCCUACCCGCACGGCAUGCCACAACUGUCGACGACAACGGGCAAUGGCCACGCGCAUGUGCAUGGCAACGGUUGUAGCGGCGCGGAUAAGGAGCAGCAGGAGGCAUGCGGCUGGAGCUCGGACUACUCGAAUAGUGAGGAUGAGAUGUCGAUAAUCGAAGAUAACAGCGCGCCGGGCAGUAAAUUUGUUGCCCUGGCCGAUUAUGCGGCUAUGGGACACUCGGAGGUCUCAAUGCGUGAAGGUGAUGCGAUUGAAUUGUUGAAAGUGGGCUGUGCUGGCUGGUGGUUUGUGCGUGUUUUAGAAGCCAAUGCAGAGGGUUGGACACCAGCGGCAUAUUUGGAACCGCUCAAUCGAAAAUCUUCUCGAAGCUCGAGCCGCAAUCAGGAGCGAAUAAAUUUAAGCAAUCGCGCUGAAUAAAUUUACAAACAACAAAAAAAUUAAUAUUAAGCGGAAGGAAAUGAAAGUGCGAAGCGGAAACAAGUGGGCCUUUUGGAAAUUUUUGCAGAAUCUUACAAUUAAAGUCACUUACAGAUUUAUACAUACAUAUACAAGCAUACAUAAAUAAGUAUUUAACAUUUAACAUUUAACAAAGCAAACCUAAACAGGAAUCCAAUUGAUAUUAAUGAAAUUAACGAAACAAUUCAAAACAAUUUACAACCAAAUUUCACUAUUGAAAAAAAUAAAAAUCUUUUCAAUUUAUGUACAUAAAUACCAAGCUAGUGCAUACCAAUGUCUUGAAGUCAAAAAUAUAUAGCAUAUAUACAAUAUUAAAGCUGGACAUUUACAUAUAUGAAUGAACAAAAACUUACAUUCUAACAAUAUUUAGCUUGAAAAUGUUAAAAAGGUGAACUUGAAAUCAAAAAUAUGUUAAAAAAAUAUUUUUAAUUUUUUAAUAAUAACUUUUAUUUAUUUAUAUUUAAUUUUUGUUUGUUUUUAAAAAACUGAAAAUUUAUUUAUAAUUUGUUUUAAAAAAUAUUUUAUUCAUUUUAAUUAACAUAUCAUUGGAAACUAUUUACUAAGUAAUAUAUAUGAAUUUAAAACAAAUAUGUACACGAAAGUGAAGUAAAAAAUUAAAUAAAAAUCAUUAAUAAAAAAUUAAAAAAUUAAACCAAUGUAUAUACAAUUCGCUACAAUUUCUUAGGAGGCCCAAUAAAUUACUAAUCAAAAUAUUUAUAAAAAUAAAAAAUAAAAAAUGCAAAAUAAUAGGAGUAUUUAUUCACAAAAUAAAAAUAAUCUUAAAUAAUAUAUAUAAACAUAGCUACUCGCAAAUAAAACUGAAAACAACACCAAGAAAAUAUAAAAAAUUAAUUUAAUUAAAAUUAAAAAAAUUUAAAUAAAAAUAAAAUAUAAAAACAAAUAUAAUCUAAAUAAAAUAUAUACAUAUUCAUGCAGAUUAGUUCAAAUUGCUAAGUAUUUUUGUACAAUUGUUGAAAAGCAAAAAAAAAAUAUUGUAUAUGAAAUCAUAUCUUUUUUUCGAAUUUUUAGUUGUAUGUACAUACAUAUUGAUAUGGAUAUUUAUAAUUUUUAUUAACGUACUUACUUGUAAUUAAUACACGAAAAAAAUCAAUAAUUACAUGUAUAUAUGUAAGCAUGCAUAGGAGGGCUUACUGUAUUCAAAAAUAAACUUAACAGCGGUGUGCUUGGUUUAAAGUAUAAUUUUCUUCUUUAUAAGUAGUAAAUAAAUGGCAAAAAGUGUUGGUGUUUUAUUACACAAACAAUAAUUGAUGAAUUAAAUAAAUUAAA